GCGCCUGCGCGAGAGACAAACAAUGUGGAACCGGAAGUACCCAAACCGCGGAUACACAAACUCGUAGUAAAGCACCAGCGUUUGUACAGAUUUUUCACCUCUCCCAGCUGCUGGACGUCUUCGUAACACUGCCACCUCCACUCGAGAACAUGUCUCAUAAGAUGAGAAUGGCCCUGGCGUUGUCCGCCCUCGGUCUUCUGCUGGUGGAAAAAGAAGAAAGGCAGAGGCGGAGGCGAAAACGAAUAAGGAGAAACCGCACAAAAUGGGUGCAAUCGUGGAUACUACAGCGGCAGGCUCAGGAGGAGGUUUUACCGACCCCGUGUCGAGAGCCGGAGUUCAGUGAAACCUCCGAUUUUAAAGACUUUGCUCGGCUCUUUCCUGUCCAGUUCCACUCGCUGAAGGAGCUCAUCAGUCCGCUCAUCCGGAGACAGAACACAAACUACCGGGACUGCAUCUCGGUGGAGGAGCGUCUGACGGUGACACUGUGGUACUUGGCAACAGGGGGAAGCUUCAGGAGCCUUUCCCACCACUUCCGAAUGGGAAUGUCAACAAUUAGACAAUUCAUUCCCGAAACCUGUGCAGCAAUCUACCAGGUUUUAAAGGAGAAAUAUCUGAAGUGCCCAGAUACAGUGGAAGCCUGGCAGCAGGUAGCUGAGGGAUUCCAGGCUCGGUGGAACUUCCCAAACUGCCUCGGUGCUCUGGAUGGGAAACAUGUCAACAUCCGUCCAACGCCAGGAAGUGGAUCAUCAGUCAACAAGAGCAAGCAUCCAUCCUCCAUAGUACUGAUGGCUCUGGUCGACAGCAGCCACAGGUUCCUGUAUAUAGAUGUUGGUUGCAAUGGGCGCGUUUCAGAAAGUGGAGUGUUUGCUGGAUGCUCACUGCAGGACGCCCUGGAGAAAAGGAUAUCCAACAUCCCCUCCCCUGCACCGCUUCCUGCUUCUGACCUGCUGGCCCCCUAUUGCAUUGUGGCAGACAAGGCAUUUCCCCUGAAGGAGUACCUCAUGAAGCCUUAUUCGAACCGCAAGCUGACUGAGGAGCAACGUAUCUACAACUUCAGGCUGGCGCGAGCUCAGCAGGUGGUAGAAAAUGCCUUUGGCGUCCUAGCCAACCGUUUUCGGGUCCUUCUAUCCACCAUUAGUAUUCAGGGCACUGCCAAGGUGGAGAACAUUGUUUUGGCUUGCUGUGCUCUUCACAACUUCCUGCAGACAGAGAACUGUGACCUGUACAUGGCAGGAAUUGUUGACCAGGAAGGACCCGAUCAUGACACUAUCCCAGGAAAAUGGAGACAAGACCCUGAUCUGCAGCAGGCCUCCCUACCACACGGAACAAACACAACUACCCAGGCCAAGCAGCACAGGGAUGGACUAUGUCACUACUUUAAUUUGGAUAUCGGGUCGGUGCCUUUUCAGUGGGCUAAAAUAUAGAGACUGUCACAAAUCUCAAAAUAAAGUUCUCUAUUCUGUGUUA